GUUAUAGGUCAAGGACAUGUUUAUCGCAACUUUCGUUUUAAUCCGCGAACGGGGAAGUAGGUCAGCAUAACAAUAUAUAUAUAGUGAUGUAAAUGUUGUGGCAUUAAAUAUUGAUAUUGAUUUUUCAAUAAAACUUUUUUUAGCUUAAAGUUGAUACUGUUUAAGAUUUGCAUGCUUGGUUGGCGAUUAUACAUGUACAUUGUAUGUACAUAUUUAUUUUAAGAUACAUGAAAUGUUAAAGUUAUCGUUUAAAAGGUAAAAUUUUAAAGGGGUGGAUACCGGACGGGAUGAUGGAUAUUGACAACGAAAUGACAAAGCUUGAUGGGACCUCUAUAAACAUGGAGGAUCUCGAUCUAGCUUUUGAUCAAUGGGUACAUACAGAACGAAGAAUCACAAUAACCCAUUGUGCCCCGGAUAGUUUAAUGGCAGAACAAAUGAAUGAGAAGGAUACGGUUUAUCCAAUUACACGGUAUGUAAGAGGCAGGGUUCUCCUGUUGUCAAAUGCAAGUUAUCAAGCCUUGCGAUUGCUGAAAGAUCUUUUCACGCAGAUGAACUACACCGUUAGAAUUGAAACAGGGAAAUCUGAAAAAGAUAUUCGUGGUAUUAUCAAUUCGGAAGCACACAAUGAAGACAACAGAUACGUAGAUUCAUUUGUCGUGAUAAUAUAUGGAACACCAGACGACUUCGAAUUUGACUACAUACCAACAACUUUAAAUGACGAAAAUGCACCACUACUGAGAGGAAAGCCUAAGCUUAUAUACGUAAUAGGUGACGAUAGUAUAGUUAGACAGAUAGAGGAGGUUGGAAAAAAGAACCAAGACCCAGACUUUUUGUCGGUAUCGACAGGAUUUAAUGGAAUAAUGUUCUACAUAUUUAUUCUAUGUGAGUUUGCACAUGAGCUGUCUGCACAAAACAUUUGGAAACUGAUGUUACAAAAUGCAAGCAUCCAUAGAUUUGCAGCUUCAACACAUUACACACUGAAGAAAGAGUUUUACUUUUUCCCUGGACUAACUUCUUCAGUUUUUCCUGACGAAAUUGAGAAAAUGGACCCAGAAGACAUGCAGUUAUACACGAAAAUGUUAGAAAAGGGAAAAGUAAAAACAUAUAAUAUACGACUGAUGUUUGUUGGCUUGUAUGGCGCGGGAAAAACGAGUACAGCACGAUGCAUUUUGGGACAGAAAAUUGAUGACGUCACAAGUACUGACGGAAUAGAUGUGCAUACUGGAAGAUGUAAAGUAGAUAUCAGAAGAAGAAAAUGGGAGAUAUACAACGAUACACCAGAAAGUUUGACACAUAGGAAAUUGAAGGAUCUUCACUUCGCUGACGAGACAACACAGGAGCAGCUUCCUGACAUUAAAAACCUAGAAUUUCGAGAGCCAAGAUUACAGAGGGGAACGAGUGAAGACAGCCCAAGUGCAAUGGAAAUGGAUGAAGACAAUGACCAUACUUCAAAGUCGCAUAGAACAAGAACUCUAAGCAAUAAACGGUCAAUUGAUGAAUGUGAUGAUGAUGACUUGGAUGAUGAUGCAUCUAGCUUAGCGUCAUCCAGUGCAUCUACUUCAUCGGUUACAAGUGAAUUUCGACGAAUGAAUGUGCGAUCAAUAUCAUCAACUUCAUAUUCUGACGAUUUUGAAAUUGUAAACGAUGAGAUGGGAAGCAUGAAGAGAGCUCGCCAAGCCCUGACAGCUGACACUCCAAACAAGGGAACACAGUACCAAGAGGCUCUUGUCUCAUUUUGGGACUUCGCUGGUCAGUUUGUUUAUUAUGCAACUCAUCAACUCUUCUUUAGUCCACGAUCGAUAUAUCUGCUUGUUUUGAAUAUGGAGGACGAUCUUCAGAAAACAUUAAAUGAUUGGUAUAUGGAUAUAAGAGGAGAACAAUCGAUUGAGACAAAGGGUGGGAUCAACUUCUGGCUAAGAUCUAUUUUUACAUAUGCUAAAGGAUCGUCUUCUGGAAUACCUCCUAUUGUAAUUGUUGGUACACAUGGCGACAAACUGAAAGGGAACGAUGCAGAAAAAAUGAAAAAAGGAAAAGCGUAUUUCCGAAAGAUUAGAAACGUUUUCCAAGGAUCACCACACUUAAAUAAUAUUCGGCAUGAAUUUUUCCUUUUAGACAACACAAAACAAGACACAGAGUUAGAGAGAUUAAAAGAUACAAUAUUAUCUAUCUCAGAAACAAUGCCGUACUGGGGAGAAUUGAUUCCAGCGAAAUGGCUUGAACUCGAGCAAGUUCUUGAUGAGAAGCGAUUAGAGGGGAAACCGUUUAUAACUAUGAAACAACUUGUUCAACUUGAUAACACACUUGCCAGUCCAUUGAAAGAUAAAAAACAGCUUCAGCUUUUCCUCAAGGCGCAUCAUGAUACGGGCUCUAUUAUCCACUUCGGUGAUUCUGACAAAUUAAACAAGUUCAUCAUUCUGCAACCCCAAUGGAUCAUAAAUGCCUUCAGAAGUCUCAUUGGCGCAACAGAUUUUAGAACAAAGUAUGGAAAUUUACAGAGUCAAUGGGAAGAAUUCAAUGAAAAUGGAAGACUCACAUCUGAGUUUGCAAGGCAAAUUUGGAAAUUGGAUGAGGAAAAUAGCUUUUUAAAAAAUUCUGAUCUUCUUCUUGAUGUUCUGGAGAAACUAGAUAUCAUUGCAAUGGCAUCAGUACUGACUGAGGAUGGUGAAGCUGUUAGAAAACUGGAUUUUUAUUACGUUCCAUGUAUGCUCAAAGAAAUCCCACCAAUCACCUUACUACAAAAGCAGGAAAGAAUUGGAUCGUUCAGUACACCUGUUCUGUGCUUGAGCUUUUGUAAUGACUUUAUGCCUCCCGCAAUCUUCUACCGUGUUGUGGCAUUAUGUAUUGGCAAGUGGCCAAUAGCUAAGAACGGAAAGAAGAUUUUGAUGUAUUGUGGUUGUGCUGUGUUUGAGGUUAACUACGGAAAAGGAGAGGAUCUUCAUAGACUCUAUCUGUUUAGCAAACAAUCAAAAAUUGGUUUGCGAAUAACAAGAUACAGUUCAAAGAAAGCAGGUAUGGUUGAUCCAAAUAUUUGUGACCGGGUUCGUCGCUUCAUUACAUCGGCUGUGAAGAAAGAGUUCAUGCGUUUUCAAGUUGAACAAAGUUCAGAGGAAGCACGCUAUUUUUCUUAUGAAUUACAAUGCAAGGAAACGACUGAAGACGAUAUUUUAGAUGAAGGAUUGCAUAAUGAAAAGGACCUAUUAAAUGCUGUAGGAACAGACUUCUUCUGCGCCGAGCACUCGGACAAAACUGACCCCCACUCGUUAAAGCCAGUCGAAAUGCUUCAUGAAUGGUUUAAUGGAAAGAUCCCUCGAGGCAUUCCUUUGGAAGGUCCAAGUGUAUUUGAUACAUGGGUCGUAAGAUUACCAGAAGAGUUGAAGCAAGAGUAUAUAACAGAGAAAACAUUGUCGAGACUGACAAAUGCAAUCGGGAAAGAUUGGAAAAGGCUGAUGAAAGUUAUGAAUGUCAAGGAUGUUCCAGUUGAGAAAAUAGAAGAAAACUACCCUGAAAAUGAAAGAUAUCAGAAGUUUCAUGCUCUUCGCCUAUGGAAGUCAAAUAAAGAGAAGGAUGGCGGAAGAACAUCUAAUAUGGAUCUAUUGCAAGAUCUAAUGAAGGCUGCUAAGGAAGGCAUAGACAUUGACUUUGAGGAGGUUCAGAAUGUAUUUGACGAGAUUUAACUUAAAAUUUAAUAUUUGAAAUUGGAAAUAUUUCUUUUGUCAAAAUUAACAUUCGUAUGUAUAACAUAGAUAUGAUAUCAGUUUGGAAAGAAAGAGAAAACAUUUUUAUUUCAAAUUUGUAAAAUAUUGUUCCGUUUAAUUGUUUACCAUUAUACGAGUUAAGAAAUCAUAAAUGAUAAUCUUAUGUUUUAUUCGAUUUGAGUUAAAUUCUUUCUUCAGUCAUUAUAUAAUUAUCUAUUAAUUUAAUAUAUAUUACAAAAAUAAAAUUGUUUAUUUUGUAAA